AUGAAGACUGAGAAGGAUGAUGCAGUGCCCACCUUCUCCCUGGGGGGUAAAUACGCCGGAGAGGGGGCAGGUUGCAGUGAAGCAGCUCUGCCCGUUGGCCCCGUGGUGGGGAGUGGAGGGACCCCAACCCAGGACCUGCGGCCGCUGAAGCGCAGACCUGUCCCAGGGAAGCACUACCAGUGCUCAAGCUACGGCUGCAAACUGGCCUUCCCCAGCAUGCAGGAGCUGAUGGACCAUCUGAAGGUCCACUACAGACCCACGCAGUCCCUCGAGGGCAAAACCUUCCAGUGCCCCACCUUGGGCUGCACGGAGACCUUCCCCAGCAUGCAGGACCUCAUGGCCCACAUGAAGGUUCACUACAAACCAAACCGCUACUUCAAAUGUGAGAACUGCCUGCUGCGCUUCCGGACACAUCGCUCCCUCUUCAAACACCUGCACGUCUGUUCCGACAGCGCCAGCAGCCCCCCACCACCCCCCAAAGUUGAGAA